AGAAGGCGGCGAAGAAGAACGAGGAGAAUGCUAAUCGGAAAAUAGAAGAGACGGGUUCUUUUUAGUGGACGUUAAAACAACGCUGUUACCUCGAACUACCCGCUCCCCGAACAGAGCCGCAGCGCAACCGCCGAACGAUGACGGAGCCCCAGUCAGCGCUGCUACUCAGGAGACAGCUUGCAGAGCUGAACAAAAACCCAGUGGAGGGCUUCUCAGCAGGCCUCAUCGAGGACAAUGAUCUCUACAGAUGGGAAGUCCUCAUCAUCGGGCCUCCAGACACACUCUAUGAAGGUGGGGUGUUUAAAGCUCAUCUGACAUUUCCUAAGGACUACCCCCUCAGGCCACCUAAAAUGAAAUUUAUCACAGAUAUUUGGCAUCCUAACGUUGACAAGAAUGGAGACGUAUGCAUUUCUAUUUUGCACGAGCCUGGUGAGGACAAGUAUGGCUAUGAGAAACCAGAGGAGCGCUGGCUGCCCAUCCACACUGUUGAAACCAUCAUGAUUAGUGUUAUCUCUAUGCUGGCAGACCCCAACGGGGACUCGCCAGCCAACGUGGACGCUGCAAAAGAGUGGAGGGAAGACAGACAUGGAGCAUUCAAAAGGAAAGUCGCCCGUUGUGUACGAAAAAGCCAAGAAACAGCGUUUGAGUGAUAUUUAUCAAGGAUCUAGCUUCUUUUCUGUUUUCAGGGUCUCCAAUUUGAAAUUCAAGAUGGCACUGUUUCCUGCACUCUUCCACCCUGUCGCCAGGCUUGUCCUCCUUCAUUUUGGCUGGAACAGACUGGCUACUGUAGGCUGCAAUAUAACAAUAAAGUGACUAACGAGGCUGACAAAAAACCGCCAAGCAAGUGCCAACACACACAAAAAAAGAAAGAAAAGAAAACAUGCACCCAGAAGAUGUUAAAACAUUUUCUCAAGUUUCUGAACUGCUUCAACAUUCAGGAUGAUAUUGUAAAGACAUGUAAAUAGCACAGACUAAACCGGAUAAUAUAUACGCUCCCUUUUCAUCCAUCAAGACGUUUAGACCAAAUAUUUUAUGCUGGUUUGGACAGAUUUAUUUUUGUCUUUUCUUCUCUCAACUCCAGCAUGCGUUAGAAGUCAUUAGGCUAUUUUCACAGGAGGUCUUAAAGAGAACAAAUCAUUGUGCUGUUGGACGAACAUCGUCUGUGAAGAGGCUGUCUGAUUAUCACACCUGAGGAUCACCACCAGUUUAUUCAAAUGGAUUCUACAACCCUCCCAGAUCUCACCUCAUCACAUGUUAACCUGGUUUAUUUUGUCUUUUUUGCCUCUAGGUCUUACCGUAUUUUAAUUUGGCUCAAAGAAACAUGUUGGUCUUUUUUCUUUUUCUUUUUUUUUUCUUUUGUGCAUACAGUUGUUUUUUUUUUUUUUGUUUGUUUCUUUUUCAAAAGUGCCUCCUAAUAAAAUUCUUGGCCCCUUCCCCCUGAGUUAAGUGUUGGAAAAAAAUGGAGAACUUGUCAUAUGCUGCCGAUAAGGGUUUAUUAAUAGCCAGUACAUUGGGAAUCUAUAAUUAGGGUAUUUGUAAUGAUUUUCUGUAGCAAUAACCCUCCUAGUAUAAAUUGUACCCGUUAUUUCUUUUUUUUUUUAUUUACUGAUACAAUUUAAGGUCCUAUUCUCCAGUAUUUUUAUUUUAGCAGCAAUUGGUUCCUUUUUUUCCCCCUGUAUUGUUGAUUGUAGAAGCUGUUAUGCAUGCUUUCUCCCCCUUCUGAUGUUUUUUUUUUUUUUUUUUCUGGUUUGGAAGUGUUUGAGUGUUUAUGAACAAUGCGUUUGCCCAUUUUGCUUUGGUGCCCACAAGUUUAUGAUGAUUCUACCCUCUGAUCUAGCGCAAGUUUUGCUCAAUGUACAAAACAAAAAUACUGAUGUAUAUUUUUCUUCUUAUGAUAUCUGUCACCUGUAGUGAGUUCUUUAAAAACAUGAAAUUUUUUUCAAUACGUCCUGGUAGUUCAGCUUUGUUUUUGAUACAUCGAGCAAACGAUUGCAACGUUGGAUUUUUUUUUCCAGGUUUCUGGUUAAAAACAAGGUCGCCUGAUGUGUCAACCUGAUUGGCGAUUCCCGUUUGUAGUAUCUGAGAGAGCUCCAACAAAUCUUGUUGGAGGAUUGGGUUUUGUUAUGUUAUUUUGUUUUUUAUAUAGCGAGGAAAUCAAAUCUUAAGCACAGCCUGAAUGUUUUCCAUGAGGCUGAGCCUCAGGUCCGGUCUCUCAUGGAGUACAAAAGGAAUGUUUUCUGGAUUACUCAUUGUGCUCAAGGGGUUCAGAUCUUCUAGUUUAUGAUUUUUAGAUUAUUCAAACUAAAUUGACAGCCUUCUGCAUUUAUUGUUUCUUGAGAUUUCAGCCAUCACCUUCUUAGCCUGGCAGUGACAGUCCCACAGCAUGAUGCUACCAUCACCAUGGUGAUCAUGGUCAUGUGCAGCACCAAGUGCAGCUGGGGUCCAGUCCCUGUCUUUUGGUCAUCCAAACAUGCAACAGAUACAAAAGGUGUGCUCACCUCAGUGAAGAUGUAGUGUUAUCAAGGGACACCAUGAGAAAUUAAGUGUUUACACCUUUAGUGUGGCACAUAUAUUAAACAAAUCUGUUGGGGGCAGAAGAAUCUGGCUGCAUAAGUGUGCAUACAUGUAAAUAGGCUUAUUGAACUUUUGAUUUACAUAAAGAAUUCAGUCUCAAUAAGUCUGCCAGCAUCUUGACUUAAUGUUUUCCCACUCUUGCAAAGGUUUCUAAAUCUCUUGUCUGAUUUUUGAGAACAUCUCUAUUCUGCAGCUUUCUUCAGGUGAAUUUCUGGAUUUUCUCUCACAUUAAGGGCUUGGUUGUGAUUAGGCUAUUCCAAAAAGUAAUUUUUUUCCUCUGGUGAAGUCAUUUAUUAUAUCAGUUUAGAUAUAUACAUAGGGUUAGGGGUAACCUUGGGUUAAAAAUCAUUUUUAGUUAUCUAUCAAAAAUGUGAAGGUUUACACCACAGUUUAGUUUGGAAUCAUUUCUAGUUGUUUUUUUUUUCCCCCUCUGGGAAUGAUCCUAGACCUAAAAGCCCCUCCACCCAAGCAUAAAUGCUGCCAUUACCGUAUGUCACUGUUCAUUUGCAGUCUUUUCUUCACAAAGCAUGCCUUUUGAAAUUGAGUCUGCAAUGUUCAGUUUUAGGGGGACGGGUGCACAGAAAUUUGGUUGUAAUCCGAUAUCUAGGGUUAUCCUGAUUUCUCAUGUGAUAAUGUAAUCAUUAAAAUAUGAUGAGCAAAAUGUCCACAAAGUUGUGGGAGCUUCAGGCCAGGGCUGGAUGCUGUAUUUUUAAGAUGCUUCUGUCGUGCAUCCCUGGCUGGAAAUAUGGAGGAUAAAGGAGACUGUGUCACAUUUAGGAUACAACCACAGCUUGUCAGAACUUCCUUCAACGUGGCCUUACGUUAAGCACCUGCAUAAUUAUCUGACUUGUCUUUUAAUCAGAGUUGGUCAAAAGUUCUGUUCUCAAUGUCAUGGUUAUCUCAUGUCUUUCCUGCUUCUACGUAACUUUUUUUUUUUUUUUUUGUCUGCUAUUUUGUAAAAAAUUCUGGAGAAAUGUUCUUUUUGUGCUGCUCUCCUGACUCGUACCAUUGAACAAUGAGAUUAUUUUAGUACUUUUAGUACUUUGUAAGAUGAGGAAAAUUCUACCAAGACACUUUAUUUCAGGUUAAUCAGAUUCACUUAACAUGUAGAGCUAAGUUAUAUCAAGUGAUGAAAUUAAAUUAAGAAGUGCUGCAGCCCAGAGUUAGUUUAAAAGUGAUUAACAUCAGUUAUUAAUAGCCACUAACAUUUGGGAACAUUGAGUAGGUACUUAAAUUUAAGGAUAUUUUUUCACUUUGCAUCAGUUUUGGGGGAAAAAGUUAGCACAGAUAUGACUCUUAACUAUUGCACCUUCUGACUGUUAAACCUACUUUAGAAGUAUUAUUGGUGCAACUAAAGUAAUCUUUUCAAAGAUCAGGUAGGAGGACAAAUACUGGGGACUUGAAGCCAAAAAGAUCAGUUGGUUUUUGUUGCAAUCUGAAAAAAAUGAAAAACAGCGUUCUGCAUCAAUCAGGUUAGAUUAAUUCGGGGGUGUUCAAGGUGCAACCCUCGUAAUGAGUUUGCGUGGCUGUCAGCAAACAAAAUUUAUGCCAUCCUUGAACUGUGGUUUAAUCAGGCGUUUGCUGCAGAUUCUCAUUUUAAAAAAAGAUAUUAGAAUGCAGUUUCCAUUAAUGGGAAUCAUUUCAAUAAAGCUACAGGCAAAUUUAACUCUUAAAUAGAAAAUUGUAAUGGUGCAACCCAGUACUCAUCUUUAAUCAACUGUUUUUUUCUUUAGACUUAUUUUGAUCGUAAAUGGAACCACAAACAUUAAGGGACUUCAACUGAAAAGCAGAUUUUUGCAUGCCAAUUAUUAAAUGGCAGAAUAAAGCAAGAGUGAGCUAUGUCCCCUACUUGUUUGUGAAAAUGCUAAAUUAAAAAUCUCACCAUCCUCAAGGACACUGCUGUGGAUCUUAAGAACCACCUUUUUCCAGGACCUGAGUAGGUCCUCUUAGACGCUGUACAGACGAAGGCCCAGCAGAGAUUGUACUUCCUGCAGUAACUCAAGUACAACCUUCUCUAUACCGCCAUCCGUCAGUCUGCCCUGUGUUUCUCUAUCACCAUGAGUAUUUGCUCUUCCACAAAACAGGAUGGGUCCAGACUGCAAUUAACUAUUGGGCCUGAGGAGAGAAUUAUCUGGCCUGACCGUCCUUCCAUCCAGGACUUGUACAAGUCCAGGGUCAGGAACAGGGGAGCUAACAUCUCUGCAGGCCCCACGCAUCCUGGACACAAACUGUUUUAAACUUUUAUCUUAAGGUGGGUGCUACGCAGCACCGUUUGAUCAAACCAGCUGCCACAGAGACAGUUUCCUCUCCCAGAAACACUUAACAGUCAAGAGUUGUGAGAUCGAUACCAUGCGUAUUAACCCCAAUGCAACAAUAUCUGGUCAAGAAGUUUGUUGCACACAGCCAAAUCCAUCAUGAAUAUAUACAAAUGUUUAUUCCCCUUUGUGUUCCUACUAAAAUGUCUUAAUCGAGAGCUAAGUUGAACUAAAGUACAAUUCCUUAUUUGUGUUCACAACAUUGCCAAUUAAAGUUGAUUCUGAAACUCUA